GUGAAAUAAAGCUGUCAUUUUUUUUUGUUUUUAAGACACAAAACCUUUGUCUGGGUAUUUGGUGGAAGGAAAAAAUUUGUGAAGCUGACCUGGGGCUGGGGUGGGUGCUAUCCUUUCUCUAAAGAUUUAAAGUUUAUUCAGGUUUUACUGUAUAUUAAUAAUACUGAGGCCAUUCUCUCUCUCUGGCAACUGCAACUUGUUGAUGGGAGUUUGGCUUUUAGAUUAAUGGGAUUUACAGUUCAUGUCUUGUCAUCACAAAACGCGUUGCCUUUCCGUGUUACAUUUCUUUUCUCUUCUUUGUUUUUAGUUUGCUUAGUGUGAAAUAAACCAGAUCUGCAUUUGGCUUUGUACGAAACGCAAAAUCAAACAUUCUUUGCUGCUGCAGAUCAAGGUGGAAACUUUAGAGUUGCUUUUGAAAAAUAGUAAAGUGAAUUCAUAAUACGUUUUGGAUGGUGGGUUCGUGAUCUGUUGGGAAGGUAGUUCAUUUGACGACUGCGGAUUGAGGCGGAAACUUUGGACUUGUUUUUGCAAAAUACUUCAGUUUAAGUAAAUUGGAAGAAGGCUUGUUCAGAUUUGUGGGAGAUCUUGUUCAUUUGAAGGAAUUUACCUUUUGAUUGAGGUAGACAACGUGGUAAUGGGUUAUUGAGGAUGAUGGGAAAUAGUUUGAUUUUGAGGCGAAGGAUUUGUUAAGUUAGAGGUCUUGGGCCAAAGGUGAAGACCUUGCUUUGGUAGAUAUGGCCUCUGGAGAAGGGAGGCGUCAUCGUCAUGAUCUUGUGCCUCUUGCUGCUUUGAUCAGCAGAGAGAUGAAGAAUGAGAAGAUGGAGAAGCCGACUGUGAGAUAUGGGCAUGCGGCUCAGUCUAGGAAAGGAGAAGAUUAUUUCUUGAUUAAAACCGAUUGUCAGCGAGUACCUGGGAAUCCUUCAUCAACCUUCUCUGUUUUUGCGAUCUUUGAUGGGCACAAUGGUAAUGCUGCAGCAAUUUUUACAAGGGAGCACCUUUUGAGUCAUGUAUUGAGUGCUGUUCCCCGUGGCCUUGGGCGGGAAGAGUGGCUUCAGGCUUUACCUCGGGCAUUAGUUGCUGGAUUUGUAAAGACAGACAAGGAGUUUCAGAGUAGAGGGGAAACAUCGGGUACUACUGCCACAUUUGUAAUAGUUGAUGCAUGGACAGUGACUGUUGCUUCUGUAGGGGAUUCUCGAUGUAUUUUAGAUACUCAGGGUGGUGCAAUCUCCACCUUAACUGUUGACCACAGACUUGAAGAGAAUGUGGAAGAGAGGGAACGUGUGACCGCUAGCGGGGGUGAAGUUGGGAGGCUCAGCAUUGUCGGUGGUGCUGAGAUUGGUCCUCUCCGUUGUUGGCCAGGAGGUUUAUGCCUGUCUAGGUCAAUAGGAGACAUGGAUGUUGGAGAGUUUAUAGUUCCCAUACCAUAUGUAAAGCAAGUGAAGCUGUCAAAAGCGGGUGGGAGGCUUAUAAUUGCUUCUGAUGGCAUUUGGGAUGCCCUAUCAUCAGAAAUGGCUGCGAAAUCUUGCCGAGGAUUGCCAGCUGAACUUGCUGCUAGACAAGUUGUUAAGGAAGCAUUAAGGACACGAGGUUUAAAGGAUGACACAACUUGCAUUGUCGUCGACAUAAUUCCUCCCGACAAUUCCAUACAGCCUUUGCCCCCUCCCAAAAAGCAGAAUAAACUGAGAGCAUUAUUAUUCAGGAAGAGGUCUCAUGAUUCUGCAAACAAACUAUCAAAGAAGCUUUCAGCUGUUGGUAUAGUGGAAGAACUGUUUGAAGAAGGCUCAGCAAUGCUUGCUGAAAGACUAGGAAACGAUGACUCUGCAGCGCAAACAACAUCUGGUCUUUUCACAUGUGCUGUAUGCCAAGUUGACCUUGCUCCAAGUGAGGGCAUCUCAGUUCAUGCUGGUUCCAUAUUCUCCACCAGCUCAAAGCCCUGGCAAGGGCCCUUCCUUUGUGCUGAUUGCCGCAAUAAAAAGGAUGCCAUGGAAGGAAAACGCCCAAGUGGAGUUAAAGUGGCGUAACUUUUUCUUUAUUUGCCUCAUUCUUUGCCCCAUGAUUGUUAUUCUUUUGAUAGCAACCUUUUUACUAGGCCAGGCAAUUGUUAUGAAUCUUACUACAUUGUGCAUUAAAUGUAUAUGUAAUCCCACUGAAUAAUAAUGUAAAAGGAGCAUUAUCAUUUAAAAAGUGUCAGUCUAAGUAGCAUAUGUACUA